GUUAAAAGCUGCCCGUCCUGCACUGAAACACGUUUUUCUUCAGACCUGAACAGCAUCAGCUUUUUCUCUUCCAAAGCCAGAGUCUUCCGUGCAGGUCCAGUCCCGAGAUGAGCAGGUACUCGCAGUAUUCCAAGAGCAAAAGCCCCAGCCAGGCCGUGGAGGACAGCAAGAAGAAAACAUCCCUCCUCAAAGACAACAGCUGGAUCAAGAGAGACUCGGAUGAGGACGAACCCGUCGACCGGGACCCCAACUUUGGCAGGACCAUUUUGAGCCGCUACCGAUCCAGUGAAUCUGUUGCCAGCUCGGAGCCGGACGGAGUAAAAACCAGCAGACCUAAAAGCACGCCAUCAUCCGUGCAAGCUCUCUCCAAGAGGUUCAGUGCGAGUCAGGAUGAGCUGAGGACCAGCAGCACCCUCCCAUCCAGCAGCACCCUCCCAUCCAGCAGCACCCUCCCAUCCAGCAGCACCCUCCCAUCCAGCAGCACGCUCCCAUCCAGCAGGGCCCCUCCCCCGUACACCAGGAGGAGCACGACUGCUGCAGCAGAGGAGCCAAAGACGAGCACUAAAACCACCACAGUGGUCAAGAACGGAGACACCACCGAGACGACCGUCACCACCACCAAGACUGUCAAACCUGCGGAGGUGAAAUCUCCCACCAAGACCGACACGUUCACCCAGCGGGUCCUCUCCUCCAGCAAAGGGUCGCAGUACUCCACCUACUCUCCCACCAGAACCACUAAAGUCCCAGAGAAAACCGUUUCCAGCCCUAAAGAAGCUGAGAAAAAACUGUACGACACACUCAUCCCCUCAUCCCUGAAGGACGACCCCCCCACCAAAAACAGAGCUGAGAAAAAACUGUACGACACACUCAUCCCCUCAUCCCUGAAGGACGACCCCCCCACCAAAAACAGCAAAACAACAGUCACCACGACCGAGACGGUGACGGUGAAAAGCAGCCCUGACAAAGACGCCGAGGACAAACUCUACGACUCUCUCAUCCCCAAAUCCAUCAAAACCGACGUCCCAAAGAGCAAAACGCCGGUGUCCAGCACUGAAACGGUGACGGUGAAAAGCUCCCCCGACAGCGAUGGUUUUAAAAAUAAAACUAAAACACGGACUUCCUCCACGGCCGAGGAUGAGCUGUACGGCACGCUGCUGCCUAAAUCCAUCACGUCUGAUCCCCCCUCCUCGCCCAGAACCAGCAUCACCAGGAGAGAAGUCGGCCCCGUGAAAAACAGCAAAGGAGGAGAGAGUCCAACUGUGACUUCGCCUUCCUCCACGCGAACCAUCAGCUACGGCUCGUACCCCGACGACGUUCCCUCCUCCCGGCCAAGUUCCUACAGCAGCAGCGACCGUAAAUCCUACUCUUACUCCAGACCCGACUCCAGUUACAGCAGCAGCGUCACCAGCCCCACGGCCUUCACCUCCCCGUCGUACCGGAGCAGCAGGUCCGACGUGUCUUCUGAACGGCCGGUGCUGGAGAAAGACCUGUGCUCCUCCUGCCACAAACCCUUCACCGCCGACGCCAAGAUGGUCCUGGAGGACAUGAGGAUCAACUGCCACGCCACCUGCUUCAAGUGUGACGUGUGCGACAGCACCCUGGGUAAUCUGAAGGCCGGGGACACCAUGUGGAUCUACAAGCGCAUGGUUCACUGCGAGAGCUGCUUCGACAUCACCAGAGAAAAGUGGCGACGUUGAGGCUCCAGGAUUCUUCACAUGUUUGAUUGGAGGAUCUCACAGUUACAGGAUGGAUUUGACUGUUUAACGACGUUAAAAACCUACGAUGGCAGCGGUGUUGUUCUGGUGGUGUUGUGGUGUAGCUGGGCCUGCAUCACCUCUAUAUGGGUUCUUAUAUUCUUUUUUUUUGUGAUCAACUGUUUUUUAUUUUUUGUUGAUGCAUACAAUUAAAUCGAACAAUUAUGCACGCAAUUGUAUAGCACCUUUAAAUCACCCGUCCCCCCACCAGCCACCCUGUAGCGAUAUAUAUUUUUAAUGUCCUGGGUCACGCACCAUGAAUUCUUGCCACUGAAAGUCCCAUAUGUGAAAUGUCCAUAAACAGAUUAAACCAGUAGAUGAUGUGGUGGUUUCCAUCGAAGAGCAAGCAUUUUUCUAGCGGCUGUUAAUCCUGACAGGCACACAACUUUUUCUUUGUAAUGUAAAUUUAACUGAGAGUCAUCAUUAAUCAGAAGCACUCUGGGAGAACAUGCCUUUCCAGUGACAUUGGAUAUAUAUAUAUAUAUAUAUAUAUAUAUAUAUAUAUAUAUAUAUAUAUAUAUAUAUAUAUAUAUAUAUAUAUACACUGACUUUUUGCCAGAAUGAUAAUACAUGUGAAGGAAUGGGUUCUUAUAUUCUCUUGCUGGGAGUCUGCAGCUUUCCCAGGGAUUCUUGUGAGCGGCGUGACGGGGAAUGUGAUGCUGUUGAGGGCCGGGGGCUUUCUCUCUGUGCAAUAAAGCCAAUGAUAAUGUGUUUAUAUAACCAAAAUAAAUUAAUACAAAUUACUAU